AUGAUUUCGUUGCAUCGGCGAAAUAUCGAAUUCGACGAGCCACCCGACACUCAAGAAGGCAUUUUUGUCUCAAAAUCGCACAUUUUUCUGUUCGGAGACAUGAAAGAGACGAUCAAAGUGUGGUGGCACAUGACAAGAAAGGAUAACAUGAUGGAUUGGAUCGGAUUAUUCAAUUCAGACGAUUCUUCGUUCUAUUUGGAUCAAAAAUCUCUUCGUCGUCAGAAUUCGCCAAUUUUUUUCAGUGUCUCGCCGAAAAACCUCCUUCAUGCCACUCAUAUUUAUUUCGGGUAUAUCGAUGGAAUGACGGGCAAAAUGUUGGCGAGAUCGACAACAAUCGAAAUUUGUCUUCGAGCAAAUUUUGUUGUACAUGAAAUCACAAGAGAUUUGAAUUGUUUGAAUUCGAGAGUUUGGAUAAUGGCCGAUGAAAAAGAAGUGGAAAUUCCCGAGAAAAUGGUCCGAGAUAUCAAGUUGAAUUUUGCGUGGCAAGAGGUUCAAAUCUCGUUGUGCUCACCCGCCUCGAAUGCCGCCUUCUCGUGCCCAUCGUCCUCAUCCUCGUCGUCGUCAUCGUCAACAGCAACAUCCGCUGGUUUUCCACGAUUUCGCCACAAUUUUCAUGCCCAUCAACUCCAAAACGAAUGCUCUCGUUCGAUUGAUGAUCGCGGUGAUUAUCGAAUAGACAUCAUUUACAGCAUCGAACCAAUUUGUGACGCUUCAAACUCAAUGGAGUCAUCGAUUCCGAGCACCAGCUCGAGUAUGUCGACUGGCCUCAGCGGCGAUAGUGUCGAGCAAAUUUCGCGCCAAUUUCCACGCUGGCAAAUGUGUCUCGACGCGAAAGGACGCGUGUUUUACGUGAACCACGAAACGAAAGAAACGAGUUGGACAAACCCUGAAAAGAAUCUUCCGCGAAAGGGCUCUUCGCGAGCACCGCUGCUCAUUGGAACGCCGAAGCCAUCGCGAAGAUCAUACGAGCGAUCGAACGAAGCGUUCAUCACACCGCGCAGAACGAUUGCGCUGAAUCAAAAAAAUGGGAAUGAGGGGAAUGUUCGAGAAGAAAUGGCCGCGUUUUUUCAAAAAUCCGAUUUCGUUGUGCUUCUUCAUGAGAAUCAAAAAGCCCUCGAUAUCUAUAAUUCAAGUUCUGUGGUGAGGCAUGCCGUUCAAAGGAUCCAAUCGCAUUUGGAUUUGCCUCAAAAAUUUGAGAAGAACCCAAAAUUCGUGAUGUUCUUCAAUUCAUUUGCCGAUCAAAGUGAGCCGAUGCCAAAAGGAUGGGAUGCGAUUGAAGGAGACACUCCGAUAUUCGUCAAUCACUCCUCAAAAAUCACCAGUUUUUUGGAUCCGAGAGUUCGAAAAUUGGAAUCGAAAGAAUCGCGACGAGGUCGAAGUGCGCCGUCGAGAAGAUCGAGACAGCUUGAUAACAACGGAAAUCAUAUUUUGCUGAACAAAACCGAAGAGAUUCUACAAGUGGCCGAUCAGAAAUUGCCGCAUAUUGCAGAUCGGAUUCGGAAGAAAAUGCGGCUUGUCGAGAGAUUCGGUGAAUUGGCAAUCGCAAGUCUCGCAAACGAUCUCGACCUGUCAUUGGCUGUUAGCAUGCUCGAGAUCGAAGACGAGAAUAGGAAUCCUCGAAUUGAUGAGAAUAUCACCACAUUCUUCGGCAUUCUUCAACGCGCCAAAUAUGGGAAAGGACCCGGAAAAUUGACAUGGAAGUUUUCUCGAGACAAUUUGCUUGAAGAUGCGUCGAAACAAAUUCUUCAAAUCGAUAUUUUUUGCCUCAAAAAAUCGCGUCUUCACAUCUCAUUUGAUGACGAAAUUGCAUUAGAUUACGGCGGACCAUCUCGCGAAUUUUUCAUUCUAUUGUCGCGCGAACUUUUCCAUCCGAAACACGGAUUUUUCGAAUAUUAUGGAACUGAUUAUUAUCUACAAUUGAGCCCAAAAAGCUGCGAAAUUGGUGCGAAUCGAAGAUGGUUGGAAUUGUGCGGUCGUGUUCUUGCAUUGGCUAUCAUCCACAAAUGCCUCAUUGACGUUUUUUUUACAAACACAUUUUACAAAUUAUUAUUGAACAGGAAAGCAAAUCUUGAAGACUUUGAAACGAUUGAUACUGAAUUCUACAACAGCAUGAAAUGGAUUCUGGAGAAUGACGUCGACGGGCUGGAUAUGCGAUUUGUUUUCACUGAUGUGAAUUGCGAGAAUCAAGUUGAAGACGUUGAGCUUCUUCCGGAUGGCGAGAAUCAUGUGGUGACGAACAACAACAAAACCGAAUUCGUUGAGAUGAUGUGCCAGAAGCAGGCGAUGAAGGGAAUUUCGAAGAACUCGAAGAUAUUGACGAGAUCGUUCCAUCAGAUAUUGGAUCCGGAAAUAUUGUCGUGUUUACAAGCCGACGAACUUCGAAUGGUUUUGAGUGGAUCGAUGGAGCUUGAUUUGUAUGAUUGGCGAAUGAACACCGUCUACAAAGGCGGCUAUUUCGACAGUCACGUCGUCAUUGAGUGGUUUUGGGAAAUCGUCGAGAAAAUGAGCAAUUUCGAACGAUUCAAUUUGUUGUUGUUCGUCACCGGAAGCUCAUCAGUGCCGUUUGAAGGAUUUUCGGCUCUUCGAGGAACCAAUGGAUCCAACAAAUUCUGCAUUGAAAAAUGGGGAGACGAGGCGUCUCUUCCUCGUGCUCACACCUGCUUCAAUCGUCUUCAGUUGCCUUCGUAUCAGACGAAGCACAUCAUGAAAGCGAAAUUGAGCAAGGCAAUAGAGAAUGGAAUGAAUUAUUCGAUCGAAUGA